AUGAGGCUUUUCACCCUCUUCGCUGCCCUGUCGGCUGCGCUUUCCUCGGUCACAGCCCACCCUCAUAGCAAUUUGCAGGAGCGGCAAUCAGGUGUCGUUGUCACUACGGGUGCUACCGGCAACGUUCAACCACGCCUUGAAGUCCGACAACUCAAGAAUACCCGCCCUAAUCAAUGGAUUCUUUUCAUCCUGGCUCUUUCGCAGUGGCAGCAACAGCCUGAAAACAGCCCGACAUCGUACUUUGGUGUUUCUUCUAUUCAUGGUGUUCCACGCAGAGAUUACAACGGCGUGGGUCAAUGUGGGAACUGUGGAGGAACAGACGGGUAUUGCACCCACAACUCUGUCCACUUCCCAGCCUGGCACCGCGUCUACUUGGCCCACUUCGAGCAAGAAUUCCUCAAAGUAGCCCGUAAUGUCGCCAACUCUUUCCCAGCUUCUCGUCGACAAGCAAUGGUCGACGCUGCCAAUCAAUUGCGCUGGCCGUUCUGGGACUGGGCUGCCGUUCCUCCCUCGAAUCUUCCGGCUCUUCCUCUCAUGAUCACGGAUGUGAACGUGGAGGUUGAUGGUCCUAAUGGCCGUCAACGGAUUCUCAAUCCGUUGUUUCGGUAUGAUUUUAGAGAUCCGAGCCAGAUGUUUUAUUCGCCGCUCAAUACGUGGCAGAGGACGUAUAGGUGGCCUAGCAAUGGGGGUAGUAACCCAGUUUCGGAAAAUCAGAGGGCUGUGAGCGCUUUCGGGAAUGUGAGGCGGAACUUGCAGGACCAGAUAUAUGGCAUGUUCACAAGAUGUAACAACUACCUUGGCUUCUCGUCUGAUCAGGCUGGUGGGAGUUCUUUCCGGUGUUCGAACAACAUCGAGAGUAUUCAUAACACGGUCCACUCCAUGGUUGGAGGUGACCCAGCCGCGACUUCCAAUCUCGGGCAUCUUACUUACCUCCCAACCGGCUCAUACGACCCUGUCUUCUGGCUGUUGCACUGCAACGUUGACCGCUACCUUGCCAUGUGGCAGACCAUCAACCCGGACCAGUGGGGUGCAUCGCAGACAACCUCCUCCGGUGCUCGUACAUGGACAAUCGGUCAAGGUUCCGUGCAAAACGUCGACUCUCCUUUGACACCUUUCUUCAGGGACACUAACCGCAACUUCUGGACUACUCGCCAGGUGCGCGACUUCGCCGCAACUUUUAGAUACACGUACUCGGAUUUCCUCUCCGGCAGCAGCCGUGAAGCCAUCAUCAACCGUGUCAACAGCCUAUACGGCCCCAACGCAAACAAAGUUGCAGGCUCCACAAAGCGCCAAGCGGGAUAUUCCUCUCCAGUGGACGUCUCUGCCAGCGACCCUUUUUCUGCUCUAAAUGGAAGUUCCUACGUCUACGAUGCCAAUAUCCAAACUCCGCGAUAUGGUCUCGAUGGACCUUACUCCAUCUACGUUUUCCCCCGCAAGCCAGCCUCCGAAGACCCAGCAACCUGGAUCUUUGACCCCACGUUAAUCGGAACCAUGAGUGUGACAGCUUCCCCCGGAAUGGGAGGAAUGGACACCAUCAUCGCCGGCUCCAUUCCCCUAACCACCACUCUUCGAGAACUCGUCAGCGACGCGGGAUACAACCUCGACAACCUCUCCCCAGACGACGUCGUGCCUUAUCUGCAGAAGAACAUGGAAUGGAGAAUCGCGGCUUGUGGAGGCAAGGUUGUGGAUCCCAGUACUCUGAGUGGCUUUUCUAUUACUGUUGUUUCUUCUUCGGCUGAGCAGGUCGGUGCGGGCAAGUUGCCUGAAUUUACGGAUUUCGUGCCACAUUUGGCGGUUACAGRGGGGCAGGCUGGAGGUACGAACAGGACGGAGGAWCUCGUGGGCGAUCAAUUGGUUGAGACAUUGGAGAUGUAA